AUGUACACUGAACUUAAUGAGCUUGAUGAGUACAAUCAACAAGAUAUGCAUGAUCCCAAUGUGACAAACAUUCUAGCAAUAUAUCUCAAACUCGGCCUUCUCAGUGGGAAUAAGACUGCCAAAUGCCCUGAUAAUAUCUUUGAACUUUUGAUGGUGGGCUUCUCCGCCAAAGGGGUCAAUUUCCAAACACCCCUUCCCCUGUUCAUGCAGGGUGCAUGGCAACACACUGAGAAACGGUGUGAAUCCCCAGCACCAGAUGAAGCGGAUAACAUUGGCCUUGAUGAAUUUGUUCUGAAAUUUUAUACAAAGAAAUUUUUUGUGAUGAUCAUGGGGGAGCCCAAUGAUAGUAAUGGGCUCUUAAUUGAUUGGGAGUUUGCAGGCACAAUCUCUUUCAUGUCCUGCGCGCUUCUCAUACAACUUGCGGAAUUGCAGGCCAACACAGCACAACAAGAAGCGCGGAAAUCCUUGUCCAAAACUUUGGUGCUGCCACCAUCUUGCAUCUCUCAAAGCUAUGUGGAUGACCUUAACGGUCCUAAGGGCAAGGAGCGCCAGGAGUCUGUACCCAACUUGUUGCCGGAUAGCUGGUCAAACCUCAACCUGGAGGAGUGGCAGGCAAUCUUGAAGGACAACAUGGAGACACCGAUAACUUUCAACAGCAUUAUUAAUUUGCUGGAACAUCAUCUUGCCGCCCUCCAAGACGACGAGGAGCGCUCAUAUGCCAACGAGAAUCUCAAGAAAUCUGCUGAAAAACUUAAUCGAUGUAUGAAGUGGGUUGCAGAAGUGGGCCCAUCUACCACCUCUAUACCACAAUCGGCCAAGCAGAAGAAGCACAAGGCAGAUCACUUGAUUCAGAAGUUGGAGAAUGAUUCGGGUGACUCGGCGGCGAUGAUGGACUCAGACGACUCGGAUUGA